GACAAAUUACCUUCCUGGUUUAUCUAUAAUUGUUGAAGACGCAUCAGAAAAUCAGAGAAUAUGGCCAGUAACUUCAGUGUGUGUGGUGUUUGUGAUCAUCGUCACGUUACCAAAUCAUCAGUAGUCUGGUGUUCCGAAUGUGAUGAAGGACUUUGUGAAGACUGUAAGGAACAUCAUAGCUUUUCAAAGGCAACAAGAAAUCAUGAAAUAGUUCCCAUUGAUGAAUAUAUGAAGCUCCCGGUAAAGAUUUUGCAAAUAGCACAAUUUUGCAACAAGCAUAAAGAGAAAUAUGAACUCUUCUGCAGAAAACACGACUGUCCAUGCUGUCGGAAAUGUGUAGAAGAUCACAACGAAUGUAAAGAUUUAACAGAUAUAAGAAACAUGAUCGGCAAUGUCAAAUCUUCAACUGCUUUCCAGGAAAUCGAACGCAGCUUGUCGGAAACUGCCGAAAACAUGAAAAGAAUCCGUAUAAAUCGUGAGAAAAACCUUGCAUCACUUGCAGAGAAAAGAAAGAUUGUUGAAUUGGAAGUUCAGCAAUUUCGACACAAAAUUAAUGAACAUCUGGAUAAACUUCAAGAUGAGAUAUUGAAAGAAAUAAAAGUCGAGGAAGAUAAAGAAAGUAGCAAAAUUCGACAACUUGUGACGUCAUUAAGACAGAGAGAAAAAGAGAUUUUGCAAUGCAAAGACAACAUUGAAAAUACAAAGCGGUAUGGCUCUGACCUGCAAUCAUUCAUUGCAAUGAAGCACAUUGAAAAAGAUAUUAUUAAAGAAGAGAAUUAUAUUCAAGCGAUCAGCAAAAGCGAACAAUUGCAACAAAUCGAUAUAUCGUGGACGAUAGAUACAGCAUUGCAGGAAUUAACCACUACCAUGAAGAUAUUCGGAGAAGUUAAUGUGAGUUUUAGUGAAUGUGUGAUAUCCAUCCAGAAUAAAGGGAAUAUACAAGCUCAGAUCAUUGUACCCCCGCAAACAAAUAAGUUGGAUAAUGUUAGUCUCAAGUUAAAACAAACAAUACAAACAAAGCUGUCAGGCGUCCGAGGCUGUAUCUUCCUCCCUGAUGGUAAGAUGGUAUUAGCGUGUCGAAAUCCUAGUAGUCAGAUGAAGGUGUUCAAUCCAGACGGAUCAGAAGAUUUCAAUCUGAAAGACAUUGGAUCUGUUUAUGACGUAGUGUAUAUAGGAGAUAAUUCUGUAGCUGUAACAUCAGGUGAAUCACGCUUUGGAGGGAAAAUCAAUAUUAUUGAGAUUCAGAACAAAAAAGUGAAGAAGACAUUGAACGUCGGUUCUGAUAACUACGGAGUAACAUUCAGUGAUGGAAAGUUGAUUUAUAAUGCAGGAAAGAAUGGACUAAUGAUGAUCAGUCUCAGUGAUGAAUCUAUAACCUGUAUCACCUCUAGUAAAAUGUUAAGUGGUGAUAACGUAGCAACCCAUGGUGACAACCUGUUCUACACAAACGCAGCAAAUCACAAUGUCACCUGUUGUGAUAUCCAUGGUAAAACACUCUGGACAUUUAGUGAAAGCAGUGUUCUGAGCUAUCCCUUCGGUAUAUCUGUCGACAACGAUGGGAACGUAUAUGUAGCUGGAAAAUGGUCUUACAAUGUGGUUGUUAUUUCCCCAAAUGGCCAACAUCAUAGACAACUAUUAUCAAAUAAAGAUGGACUGGAGUAUCCAAUAGCUGUGGAGUACGACCGAUUACACAAUAAACUUUUAGUUGUUAAUCAUAAUGGAAAUGCAUUUGUGUAUGAUGUUGUAUGACUGUUUGAUACAUUGAGUGAUAGUCAGCUUUCUUUGUAAAUUAUAGAUAGGUUUUGUAAAGUGUAUACCAUGUCAAUUCAGUCGAAAGAUUAUAAAAUAAAAUUCUGACAACUUUUUUUAUCAUCACAAAGACGUAAAGUAAUUAUAAAGACGUAACAUGAAACAUGUUUAUAUAUCGUUUUGAAAUAUGUCGGGGAUCUCUUUUUGUAUGUUUGUUUAUUAAGACAUAUAAAUAAAUUAAAUGUUAUUUGUGCGAGAUACAAUUAGAUGUAUCUAUGCUUGCAAAUUGUUCUUGAAACAAUCAAUGAUUGCAUAUAAAUUGUGCAAAAUAAAUACUUAUUUUAUUUGACUCUACGGCAAAAUUAAAAAUGGUUGAACUUUUUUAAACGUCUUUAUUUUGAUCUUGAAAAUAAAAAUAAAAAACUUUAUUAUAUACUUAGACUUAAUAACAUAAAUUUAACCGUAUGAUAAUAGCGUUAAAUUUACGUAAAUUCCAUAUUUUUGGCAAUGAUGUUUAGCGGGCUGAUAUGAAAAAUUUAUCACAUGCCUUUCCGUAACGUUAUCGCAUGGCAUUCCGGUAAUACUCGGCAAAAAUACACCUCAAUGGUACAUUUUCAGUGAAAAACAUAACAAGGUAGGGUACAAAACAAUUAUUUGGAUACUGGAAAGUAUAUUGCGUAAAACAUGUUAAAUGCAGAG